UUCUCUAACACUUGCUUUCCUAGGACACAAGAUCAAGAUGAAGAACAGAGAUCGUUAUCAGAAGAAAUGAAGGACAAACUCAUAUACAUUGCACAAUUGGAAGAAAAGCUAAAGGAGCAGACUGCGGAGCUGAAAAAGGCUGACGUUGCAACCAAGGCUUUGAAUAAAGAGCUUCGAGAGUGUAAGGACCAAAUCCAGAUGUACAAGGAGAUGACAGAAGUUAAGGACCAAGUCGUUGUCUCGCUCACUGACCAGUUAUAUGCAUUAGAGAAAUCCACUGUAGAAGGUGAAGAAGUUCUAGAAUUUGACGAAGAAAACAACGAAGAAUUUGAAAGUUCGACGUCUUGUAAGAGCAGUGAUACCAAAUCUGCAGAGAACAGAAUCGAUGAUAUCCAAGGGAUAGAGAAACUUAAGGAAACGUGCCAAGCUUACGUACUUCAAAACAGGUUCUUAAACAGCGAGAUUCUGGAAUUUAAUAAGCUCAGAGCCCACGAAAGUGAGAUUCUCAAGGCGCAAACGAUGUAA